AAAAAAAGUUUCAAUUAUUGAGAUUAAAAGAAAAGUUGAAAAUGAAGAAAAUAACCAAAAAACUGUCGAUGAAAUAUAUGAAGCUCAAUAAGCACCGGCUCCGGCAAGACGGAUCCAUGAAGUCAGAUGAAGAUUGUGGAGAGCUUUUCUGCGAAAUUCAUAGACCGGAAAGUGAAGAAAUUAAUGAAACAAAGGAGACACCUAAAGUUACAAAGAUUAUGGAGUGCAAGCAUCGUAAGCUGAUGUUAAAUGAGAAGGAAUAUGAAAAGAAUAUUCAUGUGGAUGGUCAAGAUCGAUCCCACAUAUCUGAAUGUUCGGUUAGGAAUGAAGGUCGUGAACGCAAGGAACAACUUGAUGAGGGCCCGAUUAGAAACAUAUAUCGUGUUGAUAUGGAUCCACUAGUAGGCUCAGUUAAAAAUGGUCAUAUGGAUCAUCUUGAAGAUUUGAUUAGGGGUCGUGAUCGUACAGACCAUACUGAAGGAUCCACUAGGAAAAGUGCUGGUAAUCGUGUGGACCAGCUCGAAGGUUCUAGCAAAAAUGGUCAGAAACAACAACAUGAAGACAAUAUUGUUAAACCAAGCAAUCAUGUAGAUCAAUCCGAAAAAUCAAAUGAAUGUCCUUCUGAUUUUGCUACAAAGAGAGAUUACCUUGAUUGGAUUGAGUACGUAGAAGGAUCCAAUCAUCAUUGUUUCGAUCGAACUGAAAAUUCAGAAAAACCUUAUAAAAGGGAGGAUAUCGAUCAUGACCAGAUAAGCGUUGGACUGUCAGAAGGAUCCAUAGAAGGGUACAAUGAUGAGAUCCUAUUACUCAAGAGCUCUAAAAAUAGAAAAAAUGAGAAAUUUGAAGACUCAAAAGGUUAUAGGAAAGGAAGAGGUAGCAAGGCUAAAGAUUCAUUGAAUUUCAAAUAGGCGACUAAAGGUUAAAUGGACAUUUUAGCCCCAAAAAAAGAGAAAUUGUUCUUUCACAUUGUAUUAUAUGACAUUGAUCAUUUUAGAUAGUAUGAACUACUACUAUGUAUAAUCAUAUACUCUUAAUGAAAGUUGUCGUUUUAAUGAAGGAUCAUAUAUUUAAAUAGGUGUGAUUUUUAUGUAUAAAAACCCAAACUUAAAAGAGGGAACAUAGGAGAACACUUGACAACCUAGAUCUAUGGAGACAGAGAGAGAGAUUGAGGAAACAAAAUUUAUGGGAGGAUGGUUGUGGAUGCAAUGGAGAUAGAUGAGGAGAGAGAAAUAAAAAAGAGAA